UAGCAACACCGAACUAGUCAUUUUGUUUGUUGAAAUUGUUGUAGUUUCACAUUUAUUUACGUAUAAAUCGAACAAAAAUAUAUGUUUAAGCUGUAAUAUACAACAGAAAAAGCGACAAAAAUGGCAGAUGUGUUAGAUAUUGAAAAUUCCGAAGAAUUCGAAGUUGACGAGGAUGGUGAACAGGGAAUCGCUCGUUUGAAGGAGAAGGCGCGAAAACGCAAAGGAAGAGGUUUUGGUAGUGAAGCCGGUAGCGGAGGCGCCUCAGAGCGAGGGAACAGGGGAAGAUAUGACAGCUUGGCUCCUGAAGGUGAUGGGAACACUCCAGGCCCUCAGAGGUCAGUGGAGGGGUGGAUCCUGUUUGUCAGCAAUGUCCAUGAAGAAGCACAGGAAGAGGAUAUUCAGAAUCAAUUCUCAGAGUUUGGUGAGAUCAAGAACAUUCACUUGAACCUCGACAGACGUACUGGUUUCCUCAAAGGUUACGCUCUUGUGGAGUAUGAGACCUACAAACAGGCUGCGAGUGCGCGCGAAGCGCUGGACGGCGCAGACAUAUUAGGCCAGCCAAUAUCAGUCGACUGGUGCUUCGUCAAGGGACCAACUAAAGGACACAAGAAGAGGCGAUAGAUUAUAAACAUUAAUAUAAGCUC